CGCCAUCUUUACGCCAGUGCCACCGGUGGGUCUUCGGCUCAGCGGAGCGACUGUGCUGUUGCUGAUCCACCACCAGGAACUGCCGAGUAGCCCAGAAUCCUCCCUUUCCACCGGGACGCCACGAAAAUCCCCAGUACCCGAGCGCCAUGGCGGACAGAGAGAACUUAGUUUACCAGGCGAAGCUCGCCGAGCAGGCGGAGAGAUAUGACGAAAUGGUGGAGUCGAUGAAGAAGGUAGCCAGUAUGGACGUGGAGCUGACGGUGGAGGAGAGGAACCUUCUGUCUGUAGCCUACAAGAACGUGAUUGGAGCCAGAAGAGCCUCCUGGAGGAUAAUCAGCAGCCUUGAACAGAAAGAAGAAAACAAAGGCGGAGAAGACAAACUAAAGAUGAUCCGAGAAUACAGAAAAACGGUUGAGAAAGAGCUGAAAUCAAUCUGCAACGACAUUCUGGAUGUACUGGACAAGCACCUCAUCCUAGCUGCUACCACGGGAGAAUCUAAGGUUUUCUACUACAAAAUGAAGGGAGAUUACCACAGGUACCUGGCAGAGUUUGCCACAGGCAAUGACAGGAAGGAGGCAGCUGAGAACAGUUUGGUAGCGUACAAGGCCGCAAGUGACAUCGCCAUGAUCGAACUCCCUCCAACGCACCCCAUUCGUCUGGGACUGGCCCUUAACUUUUCAGUUUUCUAUUAUGAAAUCCUCAACUCGCCAGACCGUGCUUGCAGGUUGGCAAAAGAAGCAUUUGAUAAUGCCAUUGCAGAACUGGAUACGCUGAGCGAGGAAAGCUAUAAGGACUCAACACUUAUCAUGCAGUUGCUACGUGACAACUUGACACUAUGGACCUCAGACGUGCAGGGAGAUGAUUCUUAAGGACAGCCCUCCUUCUUCCCUCUUCUCCGUUAUAGAAGUGUGUUUUGUGAAGAGCAGAACAAAGAAGCACUGCAAGAUGCGGAGGAAGAGGCCCAGUGCGACUGAUCAACACAAGAUGAGCCCUCAUCCUCCUCUUCUUCCUCCUCCUCCUCUUAUUUCUCUCCUCCCUGCACUAGCUCCUGUCCCCAGCCACAGUUUUCAUCUGGGUUGAUACUGCAGCCUACACUUUUUCUCUGCCUUCCCCUCCAUUUCUACCAUCUGUCUCACCUUUUCUCCUCAUAUGCACAUCAUCUCCCGGUCCCCCCAGGGCCCAUUCGGGUCUUCAUCUCCACUACCCAGGGGUUCUACCUUGUUUUGAUGACUCCUUUUGCAAGCCUGUUCCCUUUAAAGGGGGCAGGUGGGUUUUCUUUGAAGUGAGGCUGUAUGAGGUACAUCAGCACUCCCAGUUUGGAGAAACAGGCAGGGAAUCUGAGCUAUGAACUGCUGUGGAUGGGGUCAGCAGCAAAAUGUGCCACCUAGUGGGGAAAAAAAACUCACUUAAAGUGUAUGUAAUAUUCAGAGUAUUUUCACUGCUUCACCUUGCAGUCCAUCCCGACAGGAAACUGAAGCUGUUAAAUCACUCUCUUGAAAGCCACCAAGCUCCUUUGACACCAACUGUAAUUUCACCACACAGAAAGGGGGAGUUGCUGGUUUAGUGCUGCGUGACUUUAGCGCUUUCACACGUUAGUUCAGAUUCUAACUUACAUGUUAAAACACCAAAGUAACACAGCACCAGACCAGCAACUGGCAUGUUCAACGAGGUCAAAGGAGUCUGGUGGCUCCAAAGAGAGCAAUUAAACAGUUAAAGGAAAACUGUUUUAAAGCGAUGAAAGUACUUUAAACAUAGCAAACUGAUUGUACUUUUGAGGUUGCUGAAAGACAUUUUGUUGCUGACUCCGUCCACGUCAGUACAUCGCUUAGCUUCCUGUGGUGCUGAUCGUCUACUGUAGGUAAUAAACACUAUGAACACGUACGUCAUGCUACACCACUUCAGAGAAACCCAACUAUCCCUGUAAAGUUCAUGUCCUCUUUUACUGCUUUUAUUUUGCUUUACGUUGCUGUAUCAUCUGUUGCCAAGUAUGUUUGCCUGUAUUGGUAACACACAUAUGCAAGACUUUAUUUAAAGACAGUACUCUGGUGUUCAUCUUUUUUUUUGUUUCCUGUAUAUGUGUGUUUUUGAACAAUAUGUUGUCCAUGCUUUUGUCACUUUUGAAACACUUCAGUUAUCAGAAAUUUAGCCACAAAGGAAGGCUUAAAAGGGAUGUGUUAAAGCUUUUAGGAAGAACUAAGUGCCCUCUUUACUUUGUGGUUACUAAACCUGCUCCUUCAACACAUCCGUGUGUGGGGGGUUUUUUGUUUGUUUUUUUAAAAUGGCAACAUCAGAAUGUCCCCCUUCUCCGAGCAUCACUGACCUCUAUUCUCGUCCACUCUCGGACCAAGUAUUGUGCUGCGAGGCUGUAGCGCUUUUGCUAAUGGCAGAUAGUUAGGUAAUGGCUUUUUAACAGACAAAAUGUGUGUGUGUGUGUGCGGGAGGGGAAUGCUCAACACUCUUUGAUUGUAAUGUAAUGCAGUUUUGCAUUGGCACUAUAUAAAAACAGUUUGGGAAAUAGAGGCCUGCUGUAUCUUUACUCCCCUGACUCUUUCAGGUUUCCUCGUCUCAACUCGUCUCUUUCCUCUCAUUUCCUCUCUUCCUUCUGUUCAGUAUGUGUAACGUGAAUCUGAUUUGUACUACUGGAUAUUCUCACCGGAGCCACAAGUACCAUCUGUAUUCUUACUGAAACACAGCAUGGAAUUAACAUUAAACUUCAAAUUGAAAACGUUAGAA